GAAAGAAAAAUCACCUUUUUCAUCUGAAAAAGUCCUUAGAAAAAGAAAAUCAGUAUGUUAUACUGAAAGUUCAGUAGAAGAGACCUCAUCUGAUUCAGACUAUAUAGAGAAAUCUAGGAAAGAAACUGUUGAGGAGAGAACCUAUAUAGAAAUAAAAAAGUUGUUACAAAUGAAGGAUCAAUUGAUUUUGCAGGAAACUCUUGUUAAGAAGCUGGAGGAGAUAUUUGAAACAGACUACACAGAAAUUGAAUCAAAAAUCCUUAAUAAGACAAUUAUCACGGAUAUUAAAUAUGAGUGGAUUGAGAAAGAUGUUGCUUUGAUAAAAGGAGCAAACAAUAUGUUUAUGGAUGAUAUCAGUUCACGAAAGACAGAUUUACUUGUCGUGCAUUUAUUAGAUGGAAUUGAGAUAAUGAAUACUGAAGUUUCAGGACCUCCAUUUAAAGCUACACAAGCACACACAAUUGGAGAUGCUAAGAAGUUGCUAAUGAUGUCUGUCUGUAGUCUUUGCAGAAUAUUUGGAAAUAAUCUAGAUUGCAGUGUUAAAGAUGCUAAAGGAAUAAAAACAUAUAGUAUUCAGAUUAUUGUUAAUAAUUCUGAAAGGAUACAAGAUUGGUUAUUCUUACCUGAUGACUACUACUUCUAUGACUUAAAACUUGUGCCAGAGGAUAUAGACGAAGUUCUUAUGACAUGA